AUGUCUCCGAAACCUAUUUUUCGGGAAUACAUUAUUGGUUCAAAGGAAGUCCCACCAAUUGAGGGUUUCCCGGUUGAAAUCAUCAACAGAAGAAUCCCAGAAUUUCAUUUCAUUUUGGCCUUUGCCGCAGAGGACUACGUUGAGGAUGGUAGCGGGAAGAAAGUAGGGAAGGGAAAUUUCAGUGCAAAUUGGAACGUGACUAAGUUCAGCGCUAAAAAAAUCAGAGAACUAAAGGAAGAUUACGAGCAUGUGAAGGUAGUAAUAAGCCUUGGAGGUCGUGGCACCAAUUUUCCAUUCAAUCCUCAAGACAAAGAAAUAUGGAUUGACAAUGCAAAGAAAUCACUGAACCAGAUAAUCACGGUGCUGUACAAGUUUCAUCAUGAAACUGUGAUUGAUGGCAUUGACAUAAACUAUGAGCACAUAGAAUCCAGUGAAGAUGAGUUUGCUUACUGCAUAGGCAAGGUGAUAGAUUAUCUGAAAAGCAACAUAAGUGGAGUGGUGGUUUCCAUUGCUCCCUCAUUCCCUGUGCUUUCCCACUACCAGCAGUUGUUCAAGGCUAAUCCACACCGUAUUCAGUGGGUGAACUACCAGUACUACGAUCAGAAAGUCCCCAGCACACACGAAUUUGUGAACCUCCACAAAACCCUAAUUGACACCUUCGGUGUUGAGAAGCUCUUGGCAGGGUUCAGCACUGAUCCAAACGACAAGGGUAACAUAUCUGCUGAGGUCUUCGUUGAGGGUGUCCUCCAACUCCUCGCUUCUGGUUCGCUUGCUGGAAUCUUCGUUUCAGAUGCUCAGUCCUCUCUCUUGUCUGAGCCUCCCCUCUACCUUGAGAAGAAGUCACAAGAGAUCCUCACUGGAACCAAUUAG